AUGAGCACGCCAUUCAUCGCGGCGCAUCCUCCUGCUACCCUAUCGCGGACUUUUGACGGCGAGAAAAAUGUAUUGGCCCUCGUCCUCUCGAAAACAGUGUACACAGCGAUGCGUAAUUCUGUCAUUGAGGGCCGCCGGUACCGAAAGACGAAGAGAGAAAUCGAUGCAGAUCUGGAUAAGAUCAAUGAGGACGCGCAACCAGCGUGGAAGGAGUAUACCGCUGCCAUUAGUGACCUCAAGGUGGCGAAAUGGAACUCGCGUUUCAGAUCACCGUCUCGAAUGCAUGCAGAACGACGUAGUCUAAAAGAGGCAAAAGGAAGGGUUAGACGCGCGCAGUCAGCGUAUCGGAGUUUUAAGACGCGUGAACGACAGCUAAAGGGCAAGCUGCAGAAUGCAGAGAAGAGAUGGUUCGCUAUCCUGACAGAUAUGGACUAUUACCAAGCCAUGUUUCUGGAGCAUGCUGGGUCGUUACCGCAAGACAAGGACAAAGGCUGGCCGUUGAAAGCCUACGAGUAUCAUCACAGGAUUCCGUCUCGACGCUAUGGGGACGGUGACGUCUAUGACGGCGAGGAUACCAAUACUGAUAGCUCUAUCCUGGAAACCACGACACGCAUGGGCGACAACGAAGCGCCGGCGCAGGCUCAACGAGCGUACAACGAAAAAUUAACUGACGUUAAAGACGAAUAG